GUUAUUAUACAUGGCGGAUUCAAUAUCGAAGAUGUCAGUUAAUCACAACAAUAGAAUAAACGUUACACACAUGGACAAAGAUUGUGAUAUCGAGCGCGGCGAGACCCGAUUCGUAGGGGUAUCCUCGGUGUCGGCGUCGACGUCGGCGUCGGUCUCGGCGUUGGCAUCGACGCCGACACCGCUACAUGAGAGCAACGCCAACAGAUAUGACGCCUCGAGGGCAACGUCCGGAGUGGGGCACAUAGCGAACGCACCAUCAGGUACGCAUAAGGACGCCCAGACAACACGUGCCAGCGCGAGCGCGGCAUUAAGAUCAGAGCGGGAUCUCAACGGGAGUACAAGUCGUUGGAGAACGGUCGGCCGGUUUCUGCGGCGUCUCACUCUCAUUAUGUUACUGCUGGUAGCUGUGGUUGGAGUACUAGCUGUAAUAGUCAUCUACAUGGGUCCGAUUUACCUCGUACAAUUACUCAUAGUGAUCUCCGUUGCCUAUUUUGUCGCCGGUGGCCGCAUGAGAUGGCUCUACGUUGCCCUUAGGACGAUACCACGGGAUUUCAAAGGACUAAUAGGAUAUGUUAGAAUGAUGUGGUCAGUACAUGGUCACGGAAGAAAAAACAGAAGCGUCGCCGAUAUAUUUAGACAACAUGUCAAUCGUCAUCCUAAUAAAAUCUGUUUUAUAUUUGAAGAUGAAGAAUGGAGUUUUCAGCAGAUAGAAGAUUUUAGUAACAAAAUUGCAACGAUAUUUAAAACUCAUGGUUAUAAAAAAGGAGACACAGUUGCUUUACUGUUGGAGAAUCGACCAGAAUUUAUUGCGAUUUGGUUAGGUUUGAAUAAACUUGGUGUGAUAACUGCUUUAAUAAAUACCAAUUUACGUAAGAGCAGUCUUUUGCAUUGUAUCAAUAUUGCAAAGUGUCAAGCACUUAUAUAUGGCACCGAGUUUUUUGACGCUGUGACAGACAUCGCCUUAACAUUAGAUGCUAAGUUAACGUUGUAUAGAUUCGGAAAUCAUCCGAAUCCAAUGUCAGUCGGAUUAAAAGAGAAAGAUUUGAAUACUAUGUUGUUGGAUACACCCGCUGCACCACCGGUAGUACAAGAAAAAAGUGAUUAUCACGAUAAGCUUUUGUACAUUUACACUAGUGGUACUACAGGUCUUCCCAAAGCAGCCGUUAUUACUAAUUCGAGAUAUAUCUUUAUCACAAGCUCAGUACAUUAUAUGGGAAUUUUGGGAAAUUCUGAUAGAAUAUAUACACCUUUGCCUUUAUAUCACACAGCUGGUGGAAUAAUGGCUGUGGGGUUAGCUUUAGCAUAUGGACAUACGACAGUGAUUAGGAAAAAGUUUAGUGCUAGUGCAUAUUUUGCUGAUUGCAUUAAAUACAAAUGCACCGUUGGUCAAUACAUAGGAGAAAUGUGUCGGUAUAUUCUGGCAGUUCCAUCUAAAAAAGAGGAUCAGGAACAUAAUAUUAGAAUAAUUUUCGGUAAUGGAUUAAGACCACAGAUAUGGGGCGAAUUUGUAAAACGAUUCAAAAUUCCACGAGUACUCGAAUUUUACGGUGCAACUGAAGGCAAUGCUAAUGUCAUGAACAUUGACAACAAAAUGGGAGCAAUAGGGUUUGUUUCAAGAAUUAUACCAUCAGUAUAUCCCGUGUCUCUGAUUAAAGUAAAUGAAGAUGGAGAACCUGUACGUAACUCUAAAGGAUUGUGUCAAGUUUGUGAACCAAAUGAACCUGGUGCGUUUAUUGGAAAGAUCUCACCUAAUAAUCCAACCAGGGCAUUUUUAGGAUACGUGGAUAAAAAAGCAUCUGAGAAAAAAAUAAUUUACAACAUCUUCAUAAAAGGCGACUCUGCCUUUUUAUCAGGGGAUAUUCUUGUUGCCGAUGAAUUGGGAUAUUUGUAUUUCAAGGAUAGAACGGGAGAUACAUUUCGAUGGAAAGGAGAAAAUGUAUCGACUUCUGAAAUUGAAGGGAUAGUUAGUAAUCUCAUCGAUUAUCGAGAUUGCAUAGUAUACGGUGUGGAGAUUAAAGGUACUGAAGGCAAAGCAGGAAUGGCAGCAAUUUACGAUGAAGAUGGAAUAUUGGAUAUAAAUAAAUUAGCUGCUGAUGUUAAAGAACAAUUACCUGCAUACGCUAGGCCGCAAUUUGUCAGAAUUCUGACGAAAAUUGAUCUCACAGGAACAUUCAAACUGAAAAAGAAAGAUCUCCAGGAAGAAGGAUAUAAUCCGCACAAAAUUCAAGACAAACUAUAUUAUCUAGACGCGAAGCUCGGUUAUCAGUUAUUAACAUCAGAAGUUUAUGAUCAAAUUCUUCAAGCAAAAUUCAAGUUUUAAUUGAUAUUUUCUGGACAAAUACAAACUACAUAUAGCAAUAAUUGAUCUUUUACAAAGUGUACUAUGUAUACAUAGAUUACUAUUACAAAUGAAUCUCAGAGACCUGAUUAGGUAACUCAAAAAAGCAAAGCGACUACGAUAUCAGCAAACAGAAUUACAUUGCAUCAGUAUAUUUUCAAUGAAUUAUUAUUUACAAAUAGUUAUAUUUGUAUCAAGCUUCUUUUUAUUUAUUGAAUUUGCAG